AUGAAAAGAGCAAGGCACAAGAUAUUCAGGAAAGAUGAUUCACCAGCAGCACCACCAAUCAAUAUUGAUUCACUGUUGAAGAAUGUUCAUUCCUUAGAACUGAAUUAUCAAGGGUUUCAACCAGCAGAAAAGAAGGCACUAUUGAGAACCAUUUCUGCGCUAUGCAAAGAAGUCAUUGAAAAUGCGAUGUGCCAUGGCUUAGAUGGAAGUAUUAAGUUGGAAGAUCUUAAUCUAUUAUUCCGGUUUUACGUUGACUUAGAAAAGGAAUUCAAACUGGAUUGUAAUAAGGAUAUCAAGAAGAUGAUUAUGGAUGGUCUUUCAAAGUUUGAGAAUGAGUUUAUUCUCAAUUCAAAUGAGGAAGUGAUUAAUGUCGCAUUAAAACGACUCUGUGCAAUUUGGGGGCGCUUCUAUUCUCGUGUAUAUCCAGAUUGUCUCAUAUGUUUAAUACAAAUACCUACAGAUAUGGAGCAACUAUUAUUGGUAUGCUUCCGAGACGCAAUCGUUCUCCCGUACUACAAGAACUUUAUGAAUGCUGUUGAAGGUAUUUCGAUGAGUUUUGCUAAAUAUAUUAACAGUGAAGAAGAAAAUGGUGUGAAACAGGAACAUAAACUCAUACUACUCCAAUGUUUUGGUGUUUUAAGCUCUAUACAUGGCAAAGACAUGAAUCAACGACUAAUCGAAGAUCUUUUGAGUGGGGUUAGAAUGAGUAUUGGGGUAUGA